AUCAAUCACAUCCAUCCUCCAUUCUCUCUCUCUCUCUCUCUCUUCCUCACACAUGAAGCUUACAUCUCAAACCACCCAAACUGCUACCAGGCAAACUGAUAAUCACAGUCAUCAGACCACCCAAACCCCUCAAACAAAAUGCACUGUUCCUCCCGUCUCUCUCUCCCCCUUCUCCUCUUACUCCUAUCACUCCCUCCCCUCCCUUCUCUCUUCACCAAUGAGCAUCAUCCAAACAACAACCACCAACAACCCAACAACAAGAAUCUCCACCCAAACACCAUGAAUCCAUCUGAACUCGAAACCCUUUUCAAGAUCAUGGAAACCAUUUCCUCUGACAAGAACUGGAGACUAUCCUACCCCAACCCUUGCCGAACAGGCUUAUCCUGGCCUGGGAUAGAGUGCAAGCCAGGAAAUGACAGCCACCUCCAUGUGACUAGGCUUGAUUUUGGCACACCACCAAACCCAACUUGUAAAGCCACAGCCAUGCUCCCUUCACAGCUCUUUGACCUCCCCUUCCUUCAAUCCCUGUUCAUCUUUCACUGCUUCACUCACACAAAAACCACCCUCUCUGUUUCAGGAAACAGAGUUGUUGUCUCCUCUUCACUUCAACAACUCAGUUUCAGAUCAAAUUCAGCACUAAUUGGCUCAAUCCCACCUCAAAUCUCCUCAUUAAAAUCCCUCCAGAUCCUCACAUUGUCACAGAACCGCCUUUCCGGGCAAAUUCCGGUCGAGGUUUUUGCUUUAAGCUCCUUGGUUCACCUUGAUCUCAGCUACAAUUUGCUCACAGGCACCAUACCAAAUCAAGUGGGAAGCCUCAGAAAUCUGGUGGGACUUGAUUUGAGCUAUAAUUCAUUAUCAGGAGCAAUCCCAAGCACAAUAGGCCAACUGGGUAUGCUUCAGAAGCUGGAUUUGAGCUCAAACUCUCUGUUUGGUGGAAUCCCUGAGAGCAUUGAGAGGCUAAAUUCUCUCUUCUUUUUGGCUCUGAGCAACAAUAGAUUGAAAGGAAAUUUCCCAAAAGGGUUUGAAAAAUUGCAGGGUUUGCAGUACUUCAUAAUGGAUGAUAACCCAAUGUUUGUAUCUUUGCCAGCAGAAUUUGGUCAGCUGCAGAAGUUGCAAGAGCUAAGGCUUGCAAAUUCUGGGUAUUCAGGCACAAUCCCACCAGCAUUUUCCCAGCUCAAGAAUUUAAGCACACUGUCACUGCAAAACAACCGAUUAACGGGCGAAAUCCCGGCUGGUUUCGGGGGCCUUCCGCACAUGUAUCACCUGAAUUUGAGCAGAAACUUCUUGGGUGGUGUUGUUCCUUUCAACUCAAGUUUUCUGAACAGGCUAGGAGCAAAUUUGGACCUGAGUGGAAAUCCAGGGCUGUGUUUGAGCCCAUCUGAAGCGGAGAUUGUGAAGUUUGGAAUUACUGUUUGUGGAAAGAACAGGACUGGCUCUCUGAUUCAUCCAGUAAAGAAGUCUGAGGCUCCAUGUGGAUUGCUCAGAUCAUUUCUGAUUUUUGGUGCUUUAGGCUUUAUGGCACUUCAACAUUUGCUCAGAUCAUCAGUGUGAAUUAGAUCUCUCUAUUUUAUUAUGUUUCCACUGUGAUGGGUUAUUACUCCUACUGUAUUUUCUCGGCCGUUUUCUGUUCAUUGAUCUUAAAUUUUGCAUAGUGUAGUUUGGACUGAA